CUUGACGUAGAGCAUGCUGAGGGCGGGAAUUGGCGGAGUGAGGCGUAUGGUUGAAGGAGCGGUGCGGAGGAGGGCCAGUAGCUACUCGCAUGAGCCUCCGCUUGGUUGGGGCAAGUCGCUCUACGCCGAGGGCGUGGCUGUGGACACCCUCGAUGGUAUGCACCUGCCCAUGUACUACUUGACGGGCAAGGUUCUGCUGACGACAACCUUUGCGCUUCAUUCAAAAGUUCGGGCAAAUGAUGGCGUUGUGGAAAAAGCGGCGGCGAGUCACAUUCCGGAACUGGAGGCAAUGUGGCAAGAGCUGAGGUCAAAGGGUCUCUUUGUGCUGGCCUCGCCUGUCGAGGGAGUCGAUGGAAGUGAGGAGCUUGAUCGCGAGGCGCUGAGGGAAGAGGUCCACAACAUGGGCGUGACGCUGCCGUUGACAGAAGUUGCUGAUAUUGGCGAGAAGCCGAGCUCUAUCUAUCGGUUCGUUGCACGCGAGCUGAAGGAGAAGCCCGAGCUGAUCCCGGCCGGCGUCUUCCAUCGCGUCCUCUUCUCCCGCCGCGGCAAGCUUGUCGGCUCAUUUGAUGCGUCUGUCCCUACGUCGGACGUGCUGAAGCACGUCAUUGCCGAGCUCAACACGACAAAGUGAGCGUAUGGCUGGCCUAGGCUACCGCUGCUGGUUGGUAAACUACAUCCGGUCGAUGA